UGUGACUGUGUCCACAAAGGGAGGACUUUUACUCCGGAAACCCAGUCAUUCCUCAAAAGGGAAAUAAUACUUAUUCCAAUUAUGAAAGUCUUUACUUGACCUCUACUUGGGUCCUUUUUGACUCACUGUAUUUUUAUUAAAGGGUGCCAUGUCAAAGGACACGUUUCCGUUCACCUCUACCUCACUGCGCUCCAUGAGACUGGAGCAGCAGUUUCAAGAGUGGGAGGAUGCACGGCGGGCUUUGGCUCAGAGGCGAGCCUUGACCAGGGCCCCGUUGCCGCGGGCGCCCAGGCUCCCCCACAGGGAGCAGCGGAUCCAGACAGUUCGGGCCCCUCCGCCCCAGGUCCACUGCAGAGACACGGCCAUCCACAACACCUUCAUGUGUGGCGACAUGAAAGGAGUGUACGCUGUACUCAAGGACCCGGCAAUGGUCAACGCCCUGAUGGAGACGGUGCACGAGGAGAUGGUGUGGGCUCCGGAGAUGGGCAUGUGGACGCUGAGCUCCAAGGUGAAGCAGAGCUCAGCCCUACGCCUGGCUGCCAGCAGAGGACACACGGCCUGCGUGGAGGAGCUGCUGUUCCGCGACGCUGAGGUCGACGCCGACCCUGGAGGUCACACCGCCCUCCAUGACGCCUGCAUGGGCUGCCACUCUGUUUGUGUCCAGCUGCUGCUCUCCCACGGAGCAGAUCCAGAGCUGUUGGCAGCAGAUGGCAGCGCUCCACUUCACCUCUGCACCUCUGCCCAGUCAUUCCACUGUGCCGAGCUGCUUGUAGAAGCAGGUGCAGAUGUCAACGUGAGGACCAGGGAGUCGAGGCUCACGCCUCUGCACGUGGCGGCUCGGCUCGGCCUGGAGGAGCAUGUGGAACUCCUCCUCGGCCACGGAGCAGAUGUUUUAGCUACGAACCGAGAAGGGGAGACCCCUCUCAACGCGGCGUGCUCCGCGGCAGAGCGGCCGUCAGAGGCCGGCCGGUACCUCCGGGUGAUCCAGAAGCUGCUGGACGCAGGAGCCAACCCCCGAACUGCGGGCAGAAAACAGCACACGCCUCUGCACAACGCCUGCGGAAACUGCUGCCACAGGAUUGUAGACGUCCUCCUGCAGCGUGGAGCCCACGCUGACGUGGUCAACUGUGCAGGAUACACACCCAUGGACUGCUUGUUGCAGGUGGUGGAGGACUAUCCGAACCAGCAACCCGAGCUGAUAGCCCGGUCUCUUCUGAACCACGGAGCUAAACCUGUUGCCACAAAGAUGCUGAAGCAGUGCUUCCCCUCUCCCGCCACUCUGGAGGUGAUGUUGAACUCGUACACAUCCAUCCCUCCCAGUGAGUGGAUGGAGUCCGUGUCUGCAGAGAUGUAUGAGGAACAUGGCUCUUUCCUCCAGUUGGUGCGUGAGCUGAGCGGCCAGCCUCGCUCUCUGCAGCACCUCUGUCGAUGUGCUUUACGUCGGCAUUUAGGAGCCCGAUGUCUAUCAGCGGUCGGUAAACUGGACCUCCCCGGCUCAGUGAGGGAUUACCUGCUGCUGAGUUACGAUGGGACCCUGCACUGAAUUUGUGUCAACAUCGCAGCACCUCCUUGGAGAUACAGGAUCUAAAAUCAGUUGAAUUAUUCUGCAGUUACACUAUCGAACAGUUUUAUCACUAAUUUCAGAAACAAUAUUCCUCCAUUUAUCUGUUACUGUUUUAAUGUUUUAUUAAACAUAAAAAACACCUGACUUAAGCAUAUCUAUUAAAUGUUACACAUCUAUUCUCAAAAGUAUCAUGAUAUGUGGAACAUAGGUUGCAAUCUUCUGCUCCAAAAUUAUCUUGUUUAACUUUUAUUUCCAUCCUUACUAAUCCCACCCUAGCUAAAGAAAAACGUCCCCAGAUCAUGAGCUUUAUCCUCUCAUGAAUCUUUGCUGUUGAAACAAUAUUAUCUCGAAGAUACAGUAUAUGGAUCCUUGUCAUGGUCUGGUUCUCAUUGUGACUGACACCAUCAGCUGCGAAGCCUUUCAGAACGGUGUGGUGUUUCUUAAUCAAGUCCAAAUUAUUCUGCAAAGCACAGAUGGAUUCUUGUCAGGUGUUUGAAGCAUCACAGGCACCACUAACCGAUCGCUUUGAUUCAUUAUGUAUAUACAUGUAUACAUAAUAAUUGAGGACAGAGCGCUGAACUGCUGCCAGCCGCGGCUCCACCCUCCUAAACUCACUGCCUAAAGACCUAGGAGACCAAGCACAAGAUCCAUCUCUUUAGAAUUGCUUUUAAUUGUUACUUAUGCUUGACUCAAAUAUUCUAUUUUAUUUCUAUUACUAUUUAUACUUGCUGUAGUGCGUUUCAACCUUUUUUUUUCAGGCAAUACUUUUUAGAAUGAAAAGAGAAACAAGAAACAAAACACCUCCCAAAAUAUGCCUGUUUUUUUCACCAGCACGUCUUUAAUGCAUCCCAGCUGCCUUAAAAUAAGAAAGAAUCCCAUGGACAUAGAUGUGUAAUCACUACAGCACAAGUUCUCAACAAUGGCAAAUAAUUUGUAGUAACUCAAUAAAAUGUUGUUUUUUUUGCGUGUGAAAUGGGGUAAUUUCUCUCAGCACACUAGUGUACUGCUGCAUAUUGGUUGACAAUUAUUGUUUCUUAACAUCUUUAUGGCCCAUGGGCAGAUGGAUGUAAUUUGUUUUUUUAAACUUGAAGGCGGUGAAGUGUAAACCUGCAUAUUCCUAUUCAAGGUUGAUGGGAUCUGUUUCCGUGCUUAAAAGGCAGUAAUACAUCCAGGACAUCAGUUUAUCAUGGAGCCUCUUCUAUACAAACAAGCUCAAGCUCAAGUUCUGGUGCCAGUUUUUAUCUGUCCAAUACAAAUUCUGGGUUUCGGGUUAGGGCUGAAACUCAACACCUUUCCGAUUGUCUUUUUUUUUCUUUUCUUUGAGAGCAAAUAAAAUUUUUUUUUUAACAUCGGAUUAAGAAUAUGAAUGCAUGAGCAAACAAACAGUUCAGAGUUGUAUUUCCAAGGUGGGAACCUGUAGCGUGGCUCCAGAUGUUCAAGUCAAGUCAGUAAACAUUUUCAGUGACAGAGCUGGUCAUCCAGGACAAUGGAUUCUUCAGUUCUGUCAAUAAUUGUUGUGGUGUCCUUACAAACACCAGGAAACUGGACCAUAUUACACCGGUCAUGAAAUCACUGCACUGGCUUCCAGUGAGUAAAAAGAUAGAGUUUAAAAUCUUUAAAACUGCUGGUCUACAAAGCACUGAAUGGUCUUGGACCAAAAUACAUGCUUGAUCUGUUAGUUCCUAUGAAGCUCCCAGACCCCUGAGGUUCAUCUGGAUCUGGUUUGUUGUGGUUCCCAAGAACCAGAACCAAGCAAGGUGAGGCAGCGUUCAGUUAUUCUGCUCCUCACCG